CCCCUCCGCAGCCGCCCGUUGGACAGCGGACGCCUCGCCCACCACCCUUCUCGGGCACGGCCGCGCACCCUCCCCGACAGCGGACCGUGGGGGCGCCCCUUUCCCGCCUCCCCGGCUCCCUCCCGCCUCCGCCGCGCUCCCUCCUCCCCGCUCCCCCGCCCCCUCCCCCGGCAGCUCCCCGCUCGCUCCCUCCCGCCGCUCCCCGCUGCGCAGAGCGCCGCGCCGGCGGGGGCAUGGAGAGCCAGCGCUGCUUCGCCAACCGCUUCGAUGACUACCCGGGCAGCCCGGCGGCGGCGCCGGACAGGGAGGCGGCGGUGCCGUUGGUGACGGCCACCAUCGAGCGCAUCCUGCGGGAGCUGCCGCCCCUGGGCGGCCCCCGCGGCUGCCAGGGCGGGCUAUACGGCGGCGUGGCCGGCGUGGCCUACAUGCUCUACCACGUCGCGCAGUGCCCGCUCUUCGCGCCGUCGCGGGAGGCCUACCUGCGGGCGGCCCGCCGCGUCGUGGACGCCUGCCUGCUUUACCAGGAGGGCAACGGCGAGGCCGACGCCGACACCCGCGCCGCCUUUUUGCUGGGCGGCGCCGGGGUGUACGCGGUGGCGGCACUGGUCUACCGCGCCCUAGGGCUGCCCGACUUCGCCCGGCCGCUGGACAAGUUCCGAGAGCUGAGCGAGGUCUGCGCCCCGCUCUCCUUCCUCGAGUGCGGCUCCGACGAGCUCUUCGUCGGCCGUGCCGGAUACCUGUGCGCCGCCCUGGUGCUGAAGCAGCGGCUAGGCAUGGAGGUGCUGACCCCAGCACAAAUAAAAUCGAUUUGCCUGGCCAUACUAGAAUCAGGAAAGCAGUAUGCAGUGAAGAAGAGGAAACCAAUCCCACUCAUGUAUUCUUACUAUGGAACAGAGUAUCUUGGUGCAGCACAUGGGCUUUCAUCAAUCCUUCAGAUGCUGCUUUCUUACUAUGAGUACCUGCAGCCAGCAGAUCAGGAGCUUGUGUGGCAGAGUGUUGAUUUUCUUAUGGACCAAGAACAGAACAGCAACUGGCCUCCUGAGCUGGGAGAGACUAUUGAACGGGAGAAUGAGCUUGUACACUGGUGUCAUGGAGCUCCAGGCAUUGCCUAUCUGUUUGCCAAAGCCUACCUGGUUUCCAAGAAGCCUCAAUAUCUGGACACUUGUAUCCGCUGUGGAGAGCUAACUUGGCAGAAAGGCCUGCUGAAGAAGGGACCUGGAAUCUGCCAUGGCGUGGCUGGUAGUGCUUAUGUGUUCCUGCUGCUGUAUAGGCUCACUGGAAACUCAAAAUACAUAUACAGGGCACAGAGGUUUGCAGAGUUCUUAUUUACAGAAGAAUUUAAAGCUGGCUCCCGGGCAUUAGAAAGUGUAUAUAGUCUGUAUGAAGGCUUCUCAGGAACUGUGUGUUUCCUGGCUGACUUGCUGCAACCCAAUCAAGCUGAGUUUCCUCUCUUCAGUGUCUUCGUCUAGAGAGUAACAUUCUGCAGGGCCACAUCUUAGUGGCGGUGGGAGAGGGAACUGUGGUUUUACUUAUUUGUCAAGAGAGGCUAUUUACAAAACAAGCCAGUGGUACCACUAACGCUAGCCUUAACAUAGCUGGGAGUCAGGUGAAAAAGAAAAUACAUUAGGGCUUUGGGAGGGAAGUGUGUGGUCAAAA